UUUUGCAAGUUGUUUCUCUGCCUCAGCCAAUUAUCGAACAGGAUAAAAUGAAUGAAGACUGGGUGCAUUGCAACAAGUGUUUUCGAUCGGAAACUCCUCUUUCAUUUUAUUUAUCGCGAUGCCAGCAUAUUUUCUGUAGAGAAUGUUUGGCAUCUGUUUGUCCAAUUUGCGGGGCAAAUAUGAAAGCGAUUGAAAUUAACUCUUCCAUGUCCAGCGAAAUGAAGCUCGCAUUCGAAGAUAUUGAAAAGGUUUUCGAGCGAAUGAAGCGAAUUGUUCAAUUCCAAUGGAUGCAGCGAUCAAGCUUGGAGGCAGCGAAAAUACCCGUAGUUGUUAAAUACAUGGAAAUGCAAAAGGACAUCAAACGAUUGAGAAAGGGUUUGUUUUUGCUGAAUGAAGAUGCUAAUAAAGAAAAAUAUAAAUUCAACAAAGCGAGAGAAAAUGUUGAGUUUUUGUUAAGGUACAAAUCCCAAGGAGCGUCUAAAAGAAAAACUCCCCACUUGUUUACUGCCCCAUCUACAUCCUUCUCCGGACCAGGGACACAACUUACGCAUUUUAUGCCCCGCCAACAACACCGAAGUAUGUUUGACGAUGUUAAGGAUCGAUCAAUGAGAAACUUGUAUGUGACACCCGCCUUUCGGGAUAUGUCCCGAUUGAUGACUCAGACAUCAAGUACCUGUACAGAUAUGAAAGGAGCCAGUAAAUACCUUGGACCACAGAGAAAAGAUUUUUUCAAUCUCCACAACACAGUCGAUUCCAGCUAUGGAAGUGCCGACGUAAAACAAAAGGGUUCUUAUGGAUUUAAUUUUUAUAAAAGGCAAUAAAAUCAAAUAAAAUAUUUCAUUCUAUGUUCAUAUAUACUAUAUCAAAAUAAAGCGUUAAUAUUUUCCAAUUAAAUAUCAA